UUUUACAUUGACUUCAUGUCUGGACCGGUGGUCUGGAUGGAACCACGCUGCCUACAGGACCUCUCCUCUCCUCGCGCAGAGCGGCUCUGACACACAUGGAACGCAUCCUGGGGCGGUCUCGCCCAUCAUCGGACUCUCUCGGCUUCUUCCGGCGUAUCUCGGCCGGGGAGCUAGCCGACUCGAUUAGCCCGCUACCACCAGCUAAUGUUUGUGGGGUUUCUUUAAUGGUAGCCGGCCGGGGUGGAUGAUACAAACAGCGUAGAAACAUGGCGGACGUCGAGGGACAAGAAACUUGCUCGUCGGUCCCUCCGUUGCCUCUCCCUUCCUCCCGGAACGGCUCCGAUGGCGGUAACGUUACACCGGGAACCGGCGACGGCAGUUGCCAGACGGCGACCACCGUUACCCCGGGCCCGCGGCUGGUCCGGAUAGUGAAGUCCGACUCGGGCUACGGUUUCAAUGUUCGGGGCCAAGUUAGUGAAGGAGGACAACUGCGGAGCAUUAACGGGGAACUGUACGCUCCUCUGCAGCAUGUCAGUGCCGUUCUACCGGGGGGAGCUGCAGACAGAGCCGGUAUCUCGAAGGGGGACCGGAUCCUUGAGGUUAAUGGAGUGAAUGUAGAGGGAGCAACCCACAAGCAGGUGGUGGACCUGAUCCGGGCCGGGGAGAGGGAGCUUGUGCUGGCCGUGCUGCCCGUCCCGCCCCAGGAGGCUGACUGCUUGGAUCCCGGAGACGACGGUUCAGCUCAGUCCUGCUACGACUACUCCGACAAGCAGGCUGUCCCCAUCUCUGUGCCCAGCUACAAGCACACUGAGCUGAACCAGGAAAAGUUUGUGGUGUAUAAUGUGUACAUGGCAGGCAGGCAGCUGUGCUCCAAGCGUUACAGAGAGUUUGUGAUCCUACACCAAAACCUUAGGCGGGAGUUUGCCAACUUUACAUUCCCUAAGCUGCCUGGGAAGUGGCCCUUUUCCCUGUCAGAGCAGCAGCUGGAUGCAAGACGCAGAGGCCUGGAAGAAUAUUUGGAGAAAGUGUGCUCUGUACGGGUAAUUGGAGAAAGUGAUAUCAUGCAGGAGUUCCUGUCUGAAUCAGAUGAGAACUAUAACGGCGUGUCGGAUGUGGAGUUGAGAAUAGCCAUGCCCGAUAAAACCACGCUCACUGUCAGAGUUCGCAAAAAUUCCACCACAGAUCAGGUCUAUCAGGCUGUGGUAAUGAAACUAGGUGUGGACAGUGUGACAGCCAGCUACUUUGCUCUCUUUGAGGUCAUCAAUCACACAUUCGUGCGUAAACUCGCCCCAAAUGAGUUCCCCCACAAACUGUAUGUACAGAACUAUACCUCAGCCAUUCCAGGAACCUGUCUCACCCUGCGAAAGUGGCUCUUCACCACAGAAGAAGAGAUUCUGCUCAAUGACAACCAGCUUGCUGUCAACUAUUUCUUUCACCAGGCUGUAGAUGAUGUGAAGAAAGGUUUCAUCAAAGCAGAGCAGAAAUCCUAUCAGCUGCAAAAACUGGCAGAGCAGAAGAAGACGUCCAUGUAUCUGAGUUUGUUGCGGGGUUGUGAGGGCUACAAUGAGAUCAUAUUCCCCCACUGUUCCUGCGACUCCCGGCGCAAAGGCCACGUCAUCACAGCCAUCAGCAUUCACCACUUCAAGCUGCACGCCUGCUCCGAGGAAGGGACACUCGAGAACCAAGUGAUUGCAUUCGACUGGGGGGAGAUGCAGAGGUGGGACACAGAUGAAGAGGGAAUGGCCUUCUGCUUUGAAUAUGCACGAGGAGAAAAGAAACCACGCUGGGUCAAGAUAUUUACACCUUAUUUUAACUACAUGCACGAAUGCUUCGAGAGAGUCUUCUGUGAGCUGAAGUGGAGGAAGGAGGUGGAAGAGGAGGCGACAGACAAGGACAAUAAGAACUGCAGUAAAGAUGGUAUGUGUGGCAAGAAUAUUUUCCAGCAGCUGAGGCACAGAAGGGAUGGGGGCACCUAGGAAGGGAGAUCGUUACCUCUUAACUACAAACACUGUCGUCAUGGACUCAGCUUACUUUUGAUCCUCAUCCAGCCCCACGCCCAGCAACACUCAGCUAUUAACAACACGGUCAUCGUUUGAACUCCGUCAACCACAACUACCCCCGAUACAUGCAAAUCAACAUCUUCUAAUGAACAGAAGCAUAUAAGGCUGCACACUUUCGAACCAGAAACUCUUGGAUCUAGCACAUCAUAAUCAUGCAAUAAGCAGAGCUCUGUCAAAAAGAAAGGAUGCGUCGACAGACUUAAAGUCACAGAUUCGUACAAGCCUUUUUUUUUCUUAUUGGAAGAGACUUGAAGUGGAAUGUGACCUGUCCAAAAAAGGAGGCGUACCGAUUGGACAAGACAGCGGACAUGAAUAAUGAAUUCCUGGUGGACUAACAAGGGAAAGUGGAAGCUGUUUCUGCUCAAACAGGGGAACUCUGAUCAGCAAUACUGAGGGUUGACCACAGGGAGACACCACUGACUGUCUUCUUGAGCAAUGCUUGCAGGGGGCCCAACAGAGUGAGGCCCUCAGAAUCUUAAGUCACAACUGAAUCAUGUCAUGUGCAAAAAAAAUUGAUUUGUUCGGCGCUUAAUCUGCAUUUAUAAAAGAAAACUGUAAACAUUGUAAUGUGGCAAACGAGAGAAGGGAGAGAGACGGCAGCCGUGUCGCAGGACUGUUUUUUUCUUUCCAAAUGAGGAUGCACAGAACAGACGGAUGUGAUGGUUGGACACAUGGACGGGAAUACGCUAAACUUUAGACUUAUUUGCACUUUAUCAAACAGUAUUUACAACCCUCAGACGUAGGAAAUGUAACCUGAGAAGGAGGUGGUGGGCAGGAUACUGGAGUAAGCCAGGUCUUAUUUAGUUUACAUACAUGUUUGAGUGACUACGGCGUGAUAAUGCACUGCAUCAUCAGAUGGUGUGUGCACUGUGCAGAUCCAUGCCUCAAACUUUUAUGUUAGUAUAAGUUGUUAAGUCUCCAUGCGAGUGUUGUGAGGUUGCGGGGCCUUGACCAGUCAGGCAGCAGGUUAGUUCAAUAUGGUCGGUGUGUAUUACUCAGAAACAUCAGCAGAGGUCCUCCUCCUCCUACCUGCUGGCCGUGAUUGGUUUGUUCCCGAGAGCUCCCGCAGGAUUUAUAAUAGGCCUGUAAUUCAAAUGGCUUUUUUUUUUUACGCAGCACUAUUUAUCUCUGUAGCCGGUAUGUUCCUACUCUGUUAAACCACUCGUGCACUCUGGAAUCAGGUUAAGUGGGACGAGGAUUUCUGGGCAGUAAGAGCAGCUUGCACUCUCCAUCAACAUGAUGGAAAAGAUCACUGCGCACAUUCAUUAAAGGGUCUGGAGCGGCUGGUCACAUAACUGCAGAGUAACCGUAAUAAAUUGUAGCUUUAAAUAAGCCCUUAAUGUUGUAAUUCUUAGAAUAAUGUAAUAAUGAUAAUAGUAAUGUUAUAAGGUUUAAUAUAAUUAUCGGAUGAUGCAAUCCGGACUUAAGUCAUUAACUUCAUCGUAAACCUGACACUCCAUUUGCUCCAUAUGCUGUAGUUCUUACUUAAUCCUGCAGAUAUCACAUGCUCCCUUGCUACGAGCAUUAAAGCGAUGAGGGCUCAGUGAUGUGGUCAGAAUCAUAAUUAUGAUUUUAAUCAGGAUAUUUCCCAAAACUAUUUUAUAUAAUUACAUGUAAAACUGGAAUGGCGCCCACUAGAGCACAUACCAAAAUUCAGAAUAUCUUAAAUUUCAGUCGCCUAAAUAUGGCUAAUUUCUUUCUCCCCUAAAACGUAUUGCUUCCUUCCACCAAGUUUCAUGCUCAUGUGUCCAGCUGUUUUUGCGCAAAGACCAAACUUGCUAUGUCAAAAAUAGAACUUAAACCAGCUAAUUUUAUAAUUCGUUUUUAAAUUAAACUUGCCUUUUAGUGAAUAAGUCGGACGUUUCUAAAACGGUAACGUGAUAGUUGUGCGAUCACGAUAUGAAGCCACUGAAUGUCAAUGAAUGAUAAUGUUCAUUUGCUGCCCAACCCGAUCUCCUUGUUUGGCUCGUACUAAGAAUUUUGACAGUAUUAUAUUUUAUCUGAAAGUAAGUGGCCCUCACUUCAGCUCGUUAUGAAGAUGGUGCUGGUUCUAAAAAGCUGUGCAGGGUGAAAAUUAAGCUUCAACAGACCUUGGUGGGUGUGUGAGAGAUUCUAUUGAACGCUUCAAUCCCGAGGUUGAGUGUGCACCUCUGUGCAGAGUUCUUCUGACGUGGUCCGAUCUGUCCAACUCUCUUUGGCUCACCUCGCUCUCUUCUUCUCUCUCAUUCUGAGUAAAGUCAAGAGUCACAUGCAUUAUUUAUAUCAGUAAAAUAACAGUGUUAAAUUCAACAUCCCUGUUGUUAAGUUUUCCACCUGACAUGGUUUGGCUUUAAAUAGGGAAACUCUAAGAAGAGGAUAGAGGUUUGACGACCUGCAGGUUCUUCUGACAUGUUGAAAUGUAAAGUUUAAGACAGUGUUUGGUUAUGUCGCUUACUGUAAUAAAUUGUAACAUAUUCUUUUAAUAAACCGAUUUAUUGAUGCAAA